GUCUGUCUGCCCCGUCAUGGCCCCUCCCUCUCUGUUGAUGGUGCUGAUGGUGGUUGCCAUGGCAACUGGGGCCCGUUCAGCCAGCGAGGAGAAUGAACUGGAUUAUGGGUACUGGAACUACAGAGAAGGAGCUGAUCGUGUGAACGUGGCCUCAGUGCGCAGUGUGACCAGAGUUUUAGACGCCUGGGGAAAACGCAUCUUCAGUGAGAUCAAGACUUUAUUGCACUCUCAGCCCAGCACACUGCUGCCUGACUACUCCAGGGUGCGCCCUCUGUCCGAGUCCGUCAACGACCUGUUCAGAGAAGUCUCCCUGCUGCGCCGGCGCAUCACCGAGCUCUCUCGUCGCCUAGCAACCCUGGAACCGUUCCUCCGUCACCACGGCUACCGGGAGGUGGGGGAGGAGGAGGUGGGAGGCGGCCGGGUUCUGGCACCUCAGAGCCUGAGAGGAGAGGUGGCGAGCAUGGCCCGGUACGCCCAGAGGACCGCGGGGAGGACGAGUCCGCCGAGGGGGAGCCGGGUGGUGAGGAGGAGACGGGUGAGAGUCCUCAAGAAAGGGGGAGUGAAGCUGGUUCAGAGAGAGAGAGACUGACUGAUGGAGGUUGGGGAAGUUUGUGGCUGUGAGACACAGAAACAGGUUCUGAGAAUGUUAUAUAGACUAAUGUAAGAAAUCCAUUUUUUAAACUGUAUAGAUUUCAUUUUUGUAAAAUAACAAUGAUACAUAGACACUGCUUGUCCUGUGAGAUCAGGAGUGAUGAUUAGCGUUUGUAUUAGUCAAUAGAUAACUCAUAUCAUUAAUAAACUCUCAGUUUUAUCACUA